CAUAGUAAAUGGCGCGAGCGGUGAGUUGGGAGGUGGCUGCAGUAGCAAUGAUUUAGUUCGCCUUGAACGAUUCUGGUAUCAAAUAUAGUGUGCACAGGCAAAAUUGUCUACAUGACCUCGGGAUCGUGUGUGUUGGCAAAGUUGCUACGUUAGAAGCAUAGAUUGGCAUAUAUGCAGUGCCAUAAUCCAAGCAUGAUUGCCGUAACAUUACUAGUACUACCACCACCACCAGCUAGCACACAAAAGAAACGCUGAGCUAAUUGAGCAAACCAGUUCUACCUGCACUGCAGGCUGCAAACAGGAGUAUGAGUAUGAAAAGCACGAGUGAGUCGAGUUACGGAUCCAUAACUGGCGAAGUGCAGCAUCUGUACUGCAUCUCGCACUGGUGACGUGAUCUGACCUUUCAUUUCCAAAGAAUAUGAGACUAUUUAAAAGAAUACGCUUUCCAAACGCCUAUCGCGUUCCGCCGACUGACUUCAACUAUUGAGCAUAGCGCUCACGCCAGGCCUGUCGUAGCAUCCACGUGUGUACCCGACGAUUAACGCUUGGCACGUACUGAAACACUCGGCGAGUGGGAAUCUUGUGAGAUCCGGCGGCGGUGGGUUCACGGAUGGCCACGGAACGCGUCGAAUUCAGGCAGGCGACGCGAUCGCGGCGUUAAAACUCGUCCGUGGGCAAUCCCUCACAUCGCCGCGCCGCGAAAAAUGGCGGCAUAAGAUGGUGAUGACGCCAUCGUCAGCGGCAUGGAGCAGCAUCACCACCAGCAACAGCAGCAGCAGCAGCAGCAGCAGCAGCAGCAGCAGCAGCAGCAGCAGCAGCAGCAGCAGCAGACGCCCGUGCUACACAAGAAGGGCAUACUGAGCUACUUUCGCAAGCGCAGCACGCGCCACGAUGGCUCCUCGCCGAACCGCUCACAGUCGGCGAGCCCCAAGGUUGAGCGCAAGCGCGCCUCGUCCGAGCGUCUGUCGGACACGACCCAAGAGAGGUACACCGGCGACGCCGUCUCCUUCUGCGACUCACAGCAUUCGACGGCCGACGAGGAAGAUGGCGGCGUCGGAGCAGAGUCGCUGCUCGAAAUGCAGGUGAGAGAGUGCUGGGUGGUCGACGGUAGCACCUGCGCAUGUUUUUGUCGGCGUGAUUGGGGUGUCCCUUGCAUGUUGGGGUUAUUUCAGGUCCGGGUCUUACUGGAUGCAUUUUUUCGUUCUAGUUCUUGAAUCACCAGCCGACAUUUUUAGCCACAUCAUAUUUAUAAAAAUUUUGAAAAGGGCCCUGGACGAUUUUGCCGAUUUUUGCCUUGGAUGCACUAUUUUUUACCUUAUUUGAAUGAUUUUAGCAGUUUGGUGCAGCUUUUAUGGUUAUUAAAUGCGGUAAACCCUACACGCUGUAUGUGGCAAUUUGUGUGGAUACAGCUGAACGGCUGGUUUCACUUGGAGAUGCAAUUGAUUUUGUGUGUUUUCCGUUCAUGAUCUGUUUCUAUUAUCUAGAUUGAACGGUUAAUUGUUUUUUAAGACGUUUUUGUGGACAAACGGUGACUAGCAUUUCGCUUUUGUUUGAGAUACCUUGGAUAUUUAAGUAUUUCAUGCAGUAAAAUUGAUUCGUGUUGCUUACGUUGCUUGCUUAUGUCUUGCAUCAUGAAAGAUAUCGUCUGUUUAGUGCCAUUUGUUUUUGACGUCGGUUCGUUUUGUACUGAGGUGAUACGCGUAAAAACGCUUCGUAAAUUUAUUAUGUGUGAUAGCAAGGAUAAUUUUACUACAAACUUGUAAAUCCUCGCAAGCAAGUGUUUAAAUAUUCCUACUGCGGGCUCGUCCUUGAAGGAUUAAUUAAAUUAAAUCAUUGUUAAUGUUAA